AUGUUCUCUUCAAACUUGGAGCAGUGGGCUAAAGAGAAUGUUCUAAAACUUUUAUCACUUGAUGAAGAAAGCGCUCUGCUUGUAGCUCAGACAGCAGCUGCUGCACAAAAUGCUGGAGAAGCAAAAAAUCACUGGAUUUCUCUUUUAGGAGAAUCUCCCGAAGCUAUUGAGUUCGUGAGUGAAUUCAAUCGGAGGAGAUUUGCACCAUCGUCAAAGAAAGACACAAGCUAUAAAAAAGCCGAUAUUGAUAGGCCUAGCGAAAAAGCAUCUAAUUCCUCGUCAGAAAAAUCUACGGUUUAUCCAACUAUUAGUCAACAACAGAAAACAAGGCAAACACGUUCAUCGUCUUCCGACCGAGAUAAAAGUAAAAAUACAAAAACUAACGAUGAUCUGUAUAACAUACCAAAAGUUGCUCAAAAGACUACAAGUCAAGGCACUUUGACGUCUGACUUGAUGGGGACCAAAAAAGCCUUUAAACCAAAACAAGUUCCUCAAGUCAGUAAGAUUGACGGUUUAGCAGACAUCGAAAGAGCUAUUCAUCAAGUUGAAAUUUCCCAGAAAUCUUCCAACUCCAAUAGGAGAUCUUGCGAUUGUCAAGGUCGCAAGCAUCCUCUGAAUGAAGCUGCUCCCAAUUGCCUCAAUUGCGGCAAGAUCAUAUGCAUGUUGGAAGGCAUGGGUCCAUGUACAUUUUGUAAGGCUCCAGUGAUAAGUAAAACGCAACAGCUGGAACUUUUGCAAGAAUUAAAGAAAGCUGGAAGUGAUAUAAAACAGGCUGCAAAUCAGAAGACAAAAUCUAAGCAUAGUUCUUCCAAACAUCAAUUCCAGAAAUUGAAUAAUUCCUCUAUACAUUCCAUAUUCAUUGAUCCAAAACAGUUGGAGCAGAAAGCUAUUGAAGCUGAACAAAGGAAAAAUGUUUUGUUAAAUUUUGACCGCACAGCUGCCCAAAGAACCAAGAUUAUCGAUGAGGCUGCUGAUUUUGACCCGACAACACUGGCCAGUGACACCUGGGCAUCUCCUGCUGAAAAGGCUUUAAACUUGGUUAAGAUGCAACAAGCUCUGUCCCAGAAAGAAAAGAAGAAAAAGAAGGUCCUUUCUAUCAGUUUAAGUGGUAAGAAAGUAGUGGUGGAUCAAAAAGACGAAUCAUCAGAUGAAGAGGUGCCGGAUAAUGAACACCACAAUUUCUUAGAAACUAAAGAACUUGAGGCAUCUGCCAAACAAAACUCCUCAAAUAUAACCCGUAUACCUAGAAGUCUAGCACGUCCUGUUUUUCGUCCCCAAAAUCUCCCCAAGAAGAGUGAACUACCAAAGGAAAUUACUGAAAAAAUAAAUCGCAGUUGGUCUAAAGUACAGGACGCAAUUGAAAAUGACUGA